AUGCAGGUUGUUGAAACUCUAGAACUAAAAAAUCAAACAAUCAUCAAGGAAUUCAUUCUGCUGGGAUUUAAGCAUCUUCAGAACAUAAGAAUUAUUUUGCUACUGGUGUUCCUUAUAAUCUAUGUCAUGACCAUCGCUGGAAAUAUCCUGAUUGUUAUACUGGUUGUGGCUGAUCGACACCUUCAUACACCUAUGUAUUUCUUCCUGGGGAAUUUAUCCUGCUUAGAGUCCUUCUAUACUUCAGCUAUUUUACCCAGAAUCCUGUCUAGUUUCUUGAAUGGAGAUAGAUCAAUAUCAGUCAACGGCUGCUUUGUGCAACAUUAUUUUUUUGCAUACCUGGCAGCUGUGGAAUGCUAUCUUCUUUCUGCAAUGUCCUAUGAUCGAUAUGUGGCUAUAUGUAAACCACUUCAUUACGCAUCUCUAAUGAAUAGUAAGUUGUGCCUCCAGAUGGCAGCUGGAUCUUGGGUAAUUGGGUUUAUUGCCAGUACUAUAACAAUUAUAUUAAUGUCACGAUUAGUCUUCUGUGGUCCAAAUGAAAUUGACCAUUUCUUCUGUGACACCUAUCCAAUUAUCCAGUUGUCUUGCAGCGAUACGGUUCUUUUAAGAGUCCUAAUUUUAAGUUUUGUAUCUCUGUUCACCUUACCCCCCUUUACACUUACAUUAUUGUCAUACACAUAUAUACUAUCUGCAAUUGUUAAAAUCCCAUCUACUAUUGGAAAGCAAAAGGCCUUUUCCACCUGCUCUUCUCAUCUCAUGGUGGUAACUAUUUAUUAUGGCUCCAUCACAGCUGCAUAUACCUUACCAGAUUCUGCUUCUCUGAGAGACUGGAACAAAUUUGUUUCUGCCUUUUACACAGUUGUAACACCUCUGAUCAACCCUCUCAUAUACAGCCUAAGAAACAAAGAUGUAAAGGAUUCUCUUCAGAGGUCUGUAGUUGUCACAUGGAUUAGAAAUCAGGUAAGUGGUCAUAACAAUAAGCUUCUGCAAACAAACGUCAGCAGGCAAUUGGAAAGUGUCUCAAAAAAAGAAAUAAAUCUUUCUUGA